UGAGGGGGAGACGAGGAAAGGGAGAGCGAGGAGCCGCGAGCAAGUCGGAACAGCGUGUCCUGCACGCGCACUACACCCUUUUAUGCAUGCCUGCAUAUGCAUAACUAACAUUUUACUUGUUUGAUGUAUAUUUUUUCUCUGUACCCUGUUCUGAACUACGGGAUUAGUAUAGCGGAAACCUUUGUAUUUCACUUGUUUCCUUACUAGAAUAGACCCCCAUUUUUUUCGGAUGCUGAACAACGUGACCGACUGCGAAGAUGGUGAGGGGGGAGCCCACCAAGGAGAUGGAAUCCCCAAGGAAAGUAGCCCUUUUAUUAACAGCACUGAUAUUGAGAAGGGACGAGAAUAUGAUGGCAAGAAUAUGGCACUCUUUGAGGAGGAAAUGGAUACCAGCCCCAUGGUCUCCUCACUUCUUGGCAGCCUUGCAAACUAUACCAACCUCCCGCAGGGUGUCAAAGAGCAUGAAGAAGCAGAAAAUAAUGAAGGCGCCAGGAAGAAGCCUGUCCAGGCUCCUCGGAUGGGGACCUUCAUGGGAGUCUACCUCCCAUGUCUGCAGAACAUCUUUGGUGUAAUCCUCUUCCUGCGCAUGACCUGGGUGGUGGGCUGUGCUGGUGUGUUCGGUUCUUUUAUUAUGGUCUUCAUGUGCUGCUCUUGCACCUUACUGACUGCCAUUUCAAUGAGUGCUAUUGCAACAAAUGGAGUUGUACCAGCUGGCGGUUCUUAUUACAUGAUCUCUCGCUCACUAGGGCCUGAGUUUGGAGGAGCAGUGGGGCUGUGUUUCUAUCUGGGCACUACCUUUGCUGGCGCUAUGUACAUCCUGGGAACCAUUGAAAUACUUCUGACUUAUCUUUGCCCACUGGCUGCCAUCUUUAAAGCAGAAGAUGCAAGUGGAGAGGCAGCUGCACUCCUGAACAACAUGCGGGUUUAUGGUUCCUGCAUGCUGUCAUUCAUGGCACUGGUUGUGUUUGUCGGGGUGAAAUAUGUCAACAAGUUUGCACUGCUCUUCCUUGGCUGUGUGAUCGUCUCAAUUAUUGCCAUUUAUGCUGGGGUCAUAAAAUCAGCCUUUGAUCCUCCUGAUUUCCCGGUGUGCCUCCUUGGCAAUCGAGCUCUAUCACGACUCAACUUUGAUGUCUGCGCCAAGGUGAUAACUAAGGGUAAUGAAACAGUGACAACCAAACUGUGGAGUCUCUUCUGUUCCUCAAGCUUUCUAAAUGCCACCUGUGAUGAAUUCUUUGAAAAGAAUAACUUGACUGAAAUUCAAGGCAUCCCUGGACUUGCCAGUGGAAUCAUCAAUGAAAACAUAUGGAGUGCCUUUGGGCCUAAAGGAGAAAUCCUUGAGAAAAAAGAUUUCAAUCACGUUCCUGUAUCUACUGAAGGACCUGUCGACCUUGAUCAACCUUAUGUUUUCACGGAUAUGGUCACCUACUUUACUUUGUUAGUUGGAAUAUAUUUUCCUUCAGUCACAGGGAUCAUGGCUGGCUCCAAUCGAUCCGGAGACUUGAGGGAUGCUCAGAAAUCCAUCCCAGUUGGAACUAUUCUGGCAAUUUUAUCCACAUCCUUUGUCUACAUCAGCUCUAUAUUCCUGUUUGGAGCCAGCAUCGAAGGAGUGGUUCUUCGAGAUAAAUUUGGAGAGGCCAUAAAUGGGAAGCUAGUAGUUGGUGUUUUGUCUUGGCCAUCUGCAUGGGUCAUUGUGAUUGGGUCUUUCUUCUCCAGUACUGGUGCCGGAUUGCAGAGUCUGACAGGAGCCCCUCGUUUGCUCCAAGCUAUUGCAAGGGACGGCAUAAUCCCUAUGUUACGGGUAUUUGGUCAUGGGAAAGCAAAUGGAGAACCAACAUGGGCCUUACUCCUUACAGCUUGUAUCUGUGAGAUCGGAAUUCUCAUUGCAUCAUUGGAUGAGGUGGCACCAAUUCUGUCAAUGUUCUUCCUAAUGUGCUACAUGUUUGUGAACCUGGCCUGUGCUGUGCAGACUCUGUUGCGAACGCCAAACUGGAGACCACGAUUCAGAUAUUACCACUGGACCCUGUCAUUCCUGGGAAUGAGUCUUUGUUUGGCGAUUAUGUUCAUCUCCUCGUGGUACUAUGCUUUAGUGGCUCUUGCUAUUGCAGGAAUAAUUUACAAGUACAUUGAGUACCAAGGGGCAGAAAAAGAGUGGGGAGAUGGAAUUCGAGGUUUGUCACUCAGUGCAGCUCGGUUUGCAUUGCUUCGUUUGGAAGAAGGUCCUCCCCAUACUAAAAACUGGAGGCCUCAACUGCUGGUUCUGCUGAAACUGGACCAGGAUCAGAAUGUGGUACAUCCCCGACUGCUAUCUUUCACUUCACAACUUAAAGCAGGGAAGGGACUCACCAUUGUCGGUUCUGUGCUGGAAGGAACAUACCUUGACAACCACCCCCAGGCCCAAAGAGCUGAACAGUCUGCCCGCCGACUCAUGGAAGCAGAGAAGGUAAAGGGAUUUUGCCAGGUAGUGGUCUCCUCUAACAUGCGAGAUGGUACAUCCCACCUGAUCCAGUCCAGUGGUCUGGGAGGACUUCAGCACAAUUCAGUACUGGUGGGCUGGCCAAGAGCUUGGAGACAAAAGGAAACCCAUCAGACAUGGAGAGACUUUAUUGAAUUAGUAAGGGAGACAACAGCUGCACACCUAGCAUUGUUGGUUGCCAAGAAUAUCAGUCUCUUCCCUUCAAAUCAGGAGAAGUUCUCUGAAGGAAACAUUGAUGUGUGGUGGAUUGUUCAUGAUGGGGGAAUGCUGAUGCUUCUACCAUUCUUACUUCAACAGCACAAGGUAUGGAGGAAAUGUCGAAUGCGCAUCUUUACUGUAGCUCAGAUGGACGACAACAGUAUCCAAAUGAAGAAAGACCUUAACACAUUCCUCUACCACCUGCGCAUUGAAGCCGAAGUUGAAGUGGUUGAAAUGCAUGACAGCGAUAUUUCAGCUUACACCUAUGAGAAGACAUUAGUGAUGGAGCAGCGUUCACAGAUCCUGAAGCAGCUGCUAUCAAAAAAUGAGCGGGAGAGAGAGAUUCAGUGUAUCACAGAUGAAUCCCGGGGUUCCAUCCGAAGAAAACAUCCUGCCAACACCAGGCUACAUCUGAAUGUACAGGAAGAGCCAACACCUGACAAUGAAGAAAAACCCGAGGAAGAGGUUCAGCUAAUCCAUGACAAGAAUGCCACACUCUUGUCACCCAGUUCUCUGUCACCAGGUGAUGAAAUCCAAUCAGAUCAGGUGCAUCUAACUUGGACUAAGGAUAGACAGCUAGCUGCAGAAAAAGCCAAAGCAAAAGCGUCAAUCACACCAGAGGGAAUCAAGGACUUUUUCAAUAUGAAACCUGAGUGGGAAACCCUAAACCAGUCAAAUGUUCGACGGAUGCACACUGCAGUAAGGCUCAACGAGGUAAUAGUAAAGAAGUCUCACGAUGCAAAACUGGUGCUUCUGAACAUGCCUGGUCCACCUAAAAAUAAAAUGGGAGAUGAAAACUAUAUGGAGUUCCUGGAAGUGCUAACAGAACGCUUAGACCGAGUUCUAUUGGUUCGUGGAGGAGGCCGGGAAGUCAUUACAAUUUACUCUUGAUCUUGAAUUGUACUAAUGUCCACCUUCAUUGAACUAAUCAUUCCUUGUUUCUGUCCUCUCCCUGUUCAACCACCACAAACAACUAAGCUGGACAGAACUAAGGUACAGGACUGAAGACACCUGCCAGCUACUUGGUACUUUACCAGCUACAAUUGAUACUGAGGUGAGGUGAGAGGGUUGACUGAUACAAGAUUUUCCAGAAAUGUGCCCUUGUCUCCCUUUACUGCACCUCAGCGAGCCUUUUUUUUUUUUUUUUUGUACUGUCUGCUGCAAAUAUCAUCAAAGCGAAGGAAAGGACUUCUAGUCUUUUAUCUACACUGCAAGGAGCCCCGCCUCUAUCUGUAAUAACUACAAGUUCCAUCCCACCAACUCAUCAUCAUUUUGCACAAGUGGGAUUCUGGAAUAGUUCCUUUGGGUACUGGUAACAGUGAGCCAGUGCAAUCUGCAAAGCAACCUGAAAGACUUCUUUAUUUAAUCACUGAGUCAUCUAUGCACUGUAUAAUACUGGGGUAUGUCCUGCUUCAAACAUUUGUCUCACUUUUCAUCUCCAUUGCUUUCAAAAAUCAGUGGGAGUUCUAUUCACAAAGGCCCUAUCUACAAUAGCAUUUUGUCAAGCUCUAAAAAUAAUUUAAUUUUUGAUGUGCCACUUUCAAAGCACUGAAAUAGUAACAUAAUACACUGUUACAAUCUCUGUUAAAAUAUGAUAGUAUGAUAGUUUAAUUCAUAGAGUACAGUUAUUUAAACUGUGCUAUGUGUACAUAUAAACUAAUUUUUUGGCUAUGAAAUUCUAGAAAAAUAUUUAUUUCUUUGUUUAUCAACUGCGAUAGAGUACUGAUCCAAUUGGACUGUUUUCAAGCUUAGUCCAGGGACUACAUGACAUGCACUAAAUAUGUAACACUAUGCCAAGUUUGUUGUGAGCUCAAAAAAUAAUGUGAGUUGCAAUACAUUACCCAUCAUGCUUGAAAAGACUAUAUUACCCAUAAUGCUUUAAAAUACUAUUUCAGUCAUGCAUAGUGGCAUAAGCAGGCUAAUACAGUCUCACACUUGGUGCCACUGGCCAGACAGUUCUGCUUCAACUAGUUAUCAAAACCUUUUUUUCAGACCCAUGCUAUUGUGGAUUGGGCCAAGAUGUAUAUUAUUCCUACAAAUAAAGAGAUUACUGCAAAUGCAAUAUCUGUGAGCAGGCCACUUACAACCAAGCAAAUGGGAUAUGGAAUGUCUGCCCCUAAUAUUUGAUUGUGAAAUGCUUACUAAUGAGCAGGAGUUUAGCUGUGAGAGUUUCCUGUUGCCUGUUCUACUUAAAUAUUUUAUUUCUUUGUGAGCAUGUAUUUAUUUAUUUAUUUAUUUAUUUAUUUAUUUAUUUAUUUUUGAUUUGAGGACUGGUAAUGUGACUAGGUGAGAUACCUGUCGUGGAUGUAUAUCAGUUCAGUUAAGUUUUAGUCUAAGCAGAGUAUAAACUGAAUACCAAAGCCCUUCAGCCUGCCAUAAGUUCUGACUGUCAUGACCUUUUUCUACUGAUCCUAGAUUAGUGGCACCCUUGUUAUGUUACCUGACAAUUUGGAACCAUUUCUGGUUUAGACAAAAGUCUGAAAUAAUUUGCCAGCCCGACCAGUUAUGAGUUGAGCUUUGCUCAAAGGUUUGAAAACAGAACAUACUUGCGCCUGUAUCAACAGGCAUUAUUAUGUAGCUUUAGUGUGAAAUCGCUCACUGCUAACAGAAUCUGGAGCUGCAUAAGAAAGUGUCAGUAUCACUGGAGUCAGGGCCUGCUGACAGCAUCGGGCAGCAGCUUAAAAUGCAGAGCUGCUGUUACAGCUACAGUAAGGUCCACCUCAUGCUGUCAUCACUAAACAUCACCCUAGAUUAAACAAUGGGAGAGGAGAAAAUGAAAAAGCUAUUUACAGUAGCAUACAGUUUUGUCAGCUGCACAGUGGCCAGGUUGGAAAACUCAUGCAAGUUAUAGAGUGAUACAGGAAUUAAACACAAUAUGGAAAGAGGAGGGGGUGUUUAUAGUGGGAGGGAGUUGUACAUCACACUGUAUGAGAGCUUUCUAUGCUUUUCAAAGGUAUGAAUAUUCACAGUAAGUAGAUUAAACUUGCAUGGUUAUUCCAAAUAUUGUGACACCUUCCUCAGCGUUUUGGUAUAAGAAUUGAAAGAAGGAGGCAAACAGACUGUCUGCAUGGAUCAUCCUGCUACAGCUGAGGUUAUGUUUUAUUAUGCAGUACAGUAGACUUCCUCUUAUCUGGCCUCUCUCAAACCAGCCUCCUCUUUAACUGGCCAUCAAAUUUCUGCCAUAGCCCUAGCAAAAGGCAACAGAGAAGAACAAUGCUUCUGCUUACUCCGAGCUAAACAUUUGAGUUUUAGACUUCAUAUUCAUUAGAAAAAUGCAUACUAAAACAAAUCCUGUUAUUUUAGUUGAUUUAUAACCUACAAAUGCUAUUUUGUAUGCAUUUUCUGGUUAACCAGCCAUUUCUUUAUCCAGGCUAAGGCCUGGUCCCAGCGAGACCGGAUAAGAGGGAAUCUACUGUAUACCUGUCCAAGCUGGGAAAUCAAACUGGCACCAGAUUUUCUAAAGAACUGUGAGAUGGCAGAGUGUGCGGUUGGCUGCUGAGUAGGUAGAUGGGUGUUGAGGAUAAAGGAAGAAGAGCCUAAAGUUGACUACAUGCUGAAGAAUUUGAGGUCAUAACACCAAAAAUUCUAUUCCUACAGUGGCCUGCUGAAUAUCAGCAAAUGUAAAUGGAUUUUCCAUUAAUGUGUAGUAUGGCUCUGUGAAGAAGAAUACAAGACUUGUCCAGACUUAGCAGGAGAGGCAGGUGACCAAGAAAUGCAAAGUAAUGUAUGUAUGCCACUAUGUUCACACAAGAAGUAGGCUCCGAACCUUCUUAUCACAUCUUACCUCUGUGGUUAUGUUCCCACCCAUAUGUUGAAGAUGGUGCAGCAGGUCACAUGAAAAGAAUGUUGCCACACUUUAAAAGAAAUUGGGCAUGUCCCUUCAAAGUUACAUGUUUUCCUAACAUCCUUGACUUGUGUCUCAGCCUUCAGAUAAGACAGGGUGCUUAACCGGAAAACAACAAAUAUGCAAUGAUAUAAACCUUUUCUAAGCUGUACCAAAUCCCUGGGAGACUUAAAUUGGAAUCUUGGACCUGAGGCUCCCUGGAAUUUGCUGUAGCUCAAAUAACGUUUGUAUUACUGUACAUUUACUGUUGUUCUUUUCUGAAUAUUGCUACUUGUGUUCUAUUUCAAGAAAGCAAGUUUAGCAGAGUCAGAAGAAGUAUAUAAUUUGAUCCACUGACUGUAUGACUGACAAGAUUUUAGUUGAUGUGGUACAGCAUUUUCAAGGAGUGAGGAGAACUUCACCUGAAGAUACACAACGUAUAGUUUGUCGUAAAGACGCUCAGAUCCUUACUUUGAUGGAGUAGUAGCUUUCAGUAGUGUUUACAGCACAACUUUAAUAGAUUUGUAAUAGAGUUUUACUUCCUAAUGCUAAUCUUUACUUAAGGUACUUUUCCUUUAACUGUUGCAGGUUAGACCAGUUGUGGUGAAUUUUGUAGUAAUAAAGUAUAGACAAACAUAAAAGGGAAAGGUGCAUUAUUAGUGUAAUGUUUACAUUUCACCUUCUUCUGAUAGCUUGGAGCUUUAACCAAUUUUAACAUGGCACAGCUAUAAUGUUAGGUGGCUACUAUGCAUUAGCAAACUAGGUCUCAAUAAUUUCAGAUAAGUUUCCACUUAAAAGUUCUCUCCACUUCUUCCCCAGCCACUUGUGUUUUUUCAGGUUUUCCUCCAGUAGUUAUUAGUAGGGUCAGAAAUUAGGAUUCUUCUUAGAUAAAAAAAUACCUUCAGUUUGGUAUAAGUGGGCCAUUUAGACUGACCAAAUUGGCUCUGUGGUGUACAUUUUUAAUGCAUGAUAAAAUACUGGAAGUAAGUUAGUGAAGAACAAUUUACUAUAGUAAGAAUCCAGGUCUGAGUGUAGGUAAUGCUUGGUUUACACAUGCCUAGUGUGGCUUAGUUCAUAGGUUCACAUAUGCUCACUAGGCUAACAACCACUAGGACCAUUAUAAGCCUAGCCAUUCAACUCAAAUGUAUCCAUGGCAUAUUGUACCUUAUAUGGGUUAUUUUAAGCAGUGUAUGUUAGUAAUGGCAUGAUUUAACAGCUGCCUCUGUCCAUCAGAGACAUGUGUCAGACCAGGGGUGAAUUUCCCAUCCAUUGAAGGUAAAGCCUAAGUAGUGAUCAAACAAAAAAAAAAUUCCAUGGGUAAACAAGUAUUACUCUCAUCCAGGAGUGGAUUACUUCUGACAUACACCAUUUAUUUGAAUUAUUUAUUUUAAAAAUAAAUGACUUGCCUUCAUAAAUACUAAGAGUUGUAUUUUGGAACUUCUUUAUAGAGUAAUAUUCUGCUUCAGUCUUGAGAGGAUGAGAAAUUCCUGAUGUACUGAGCCUUGGAGAUGUAUAUGCUGAAGAUUAAUCAGUGCAUUAUAGAAGUUUAAUGACCUAGGAAAAUGCCACCACAUAACACAGCUAAUUAUGAAACUUUGAAGUAAAUUUAAACACUUCCAUAUGCAUACCCACAAAAUUUGGAAAGUAUUUUCUAACGUAACUGUCCUGAUGAGAGCUGUGGUGGUCGUAAACUGAGGAGGGUAGAUGGGAACAAACAAAAACACAGAAAGAAAGAGGACAGUGAAAACCAAUUGCAAAUGUAUAGUAACAAACACUCUACAACUCAUAUCAAACAAAACAGUUCCUUUAAAUUUUAAUCGAACUCUGGACUGGAAAGUCAGAAAUUGAAUUUGCCAUGCAUAACAAAUAGAGCCCUUAGAAAGAAAGAAAGAAAGAAAGAAAGAAAGAAAGAAAGAAAGAAAGAAAGAAAGAAAGAAAGAAAGAAAGAAGUACCCUGAGCAUUCCAUCCUUCCUGCGUCAAAGCCCUAACUUAGACUUAGCAGAUGAAAAUCGUUCAACAUUAAUUGGGGAGGAAUACUACAAAAACAUGUUUCUCUUGAAAAAUGUAUGGAAGAACAGAAAAAAAUCAAGUGAAAGGAAAAUACCUGCAGAAGGCAGUGGAACUUAGGCUAUCAUCCCUUCCUUGUAGAUAUGUCUAAGCAAACAAAAAAAAAAUCCCCCUUUGAUGUUGUCCUCAAUGGAAAGGUAUCUUUGCAGGAUAUAAAGUACAGGAUCAUAUGAACAUAGUAGACAAUCAGUCAGCAGAAUAUUAUACACCUAAGCCAAUGCCUUGACAGUGAUCAAAGGUGAGAAUCAAACCCUGUACCUUGUGCUGGUAAGGUAAACAGCGUUGUGUUAUACUCUAAGCUCUGUAUUCAGUUCUCUUGUACACAGAAAAACACUCUGCAUUAUAAUUCAUGUAAGAGUAACCCAAUAAUAAUAAUUACAGCUCCUCUAUGACCAGUAGGUGGUAAGCCUGAUCAAUGACCCUAUGAACCUUUGGACAUAUGAAAACAAAUUAGAAAAAACACGUAUGACUUGGCUUAUGAAUAACAAGUAUUUCAAUAUUCAGCAGGGAAACUGUGUCAGAAUUACCUCAAGUAGAGAGAGAGAGAGUGUGUGUGUGUGUGUGUGUGUGUGUGUGUGUGUGUGUGUGUGUGUGUGUGUGUGUGUGUGUGUGUGUCAGUCUGUAUUUAUAUGCUGAUAAAGUAAUAGAUUGGAAAUAUCUUUAUGCUUCUCCUGAAGAACACUUUUUUUUUGGUAAUCUAUUCAGUCACUCAUUCUUCUGGAAGUCUUAAUUUCUUAAGGCACAGCACCACAACUUUACUGCAACAUAUAAGACUAUAAAGUAAACGAUUAAAAACCAAAAAAGAAAAAAAAAAUGAAACAGACAAUCAGAUAACACUAAGGUGUUUUGUUUUCUGCAAGACAGUAAAAUAAAUUUGACUUUCAUACGCAGAUCCACACAGCAAUGUUUUAAUUUCAUUGAGGGGUCAUUAACUGGUAUUCAGUUCUUAAAACUCUAGGGCCAGCUUACAUGAGAAAGAUGGCUGUUUACAGCAACUGAGAGUUUUUGUGCUUUGAAGGUCAUGCUUUUUAUUGGCAAGCUUUUUCUAUUUAGUUUACAUGAGUGAUGAUGUCCUUUUGAAAGCAUUUUGCUGUAUACAAUCUGCAUAUUGCUUCCACUUCAGCAGAUCUGCUCGCUGCACUAAUAAUGCAAGUCCAUCUGCUAAUGGGGAAAGCAGAGGAGUGCAGGAAGGGCUAUAGCUGAUGUGAGAAUAUCUGGACAUAAUGAAAGGAGAGUAGGUGUCACAAACAAUCAAUUUUCAUAUGACGGCUGAACAGUGAAGAGAUAACAUUCAGCACAUUAUUCUAUAUAGUGCAUUAAUUGGCAGGUGAUUAAAUACUAAAGUCAAGGAACAACACUCAAUUUACACAUUAGAUCCAUUUGUUGUGAAGAUGAUAUGAAGCAUUAAACAGUGUUUCUCCUACUUAACUGAAGAUUUGCCGGUGUCAUCGUGAAGAAUUAGAAAUUAUUUUUUGCCAGUUUUAAACAAUUAUAGGUGAUUAGUGAAAUUGUACCUUCAUAAAGGUUAUCAGGAGUGGUAAGGCUUAUAAAAAAUAUAUAUAAAAAAUAACUUCAGUUUCUAUGAUUUAAUAAGAUGAAACAACUGUUUCUGGAUAAAUAUAUUCUAGGAAUCUCCUGUUUCAGGGACAGAGGAAGUAUUUAAUGGUUCAUAUUGAUGCCUCCAAAUUAUACACUUGAAAAUACAUACCAAAUGAGACAUAUACUUCAACUUCUGGUCAAAGACUAGUCCUGCAAAGUCCAGCUGGUAGCAACAAACCAGUUAAAUAUUACUUUUUUGAGAUUAGUGCAUUCUUUUCCUUGAAAUUUGAGAAUUCAGAGUUUGUUAUAUUUAAGUGGCAUAAACUAUCUUACCUUCCUUCAGGGAAGAGCCAAUGGUUCAUGUAAUUAAAUAAGCAAGAUGCAUCUGCAAAAGAAAAAUAUUAAAUCUUAGACAACUUUAACAAAUACCAUUUCUAUUAGGCAUUUCCCCAAUGAAUGAUCAUGGCACGAAAAAAAUUCUAGAUUGCAAAUGAUUAAGAACAGAGCAAACAUACUACCCCUACCUGUACAGAAUGGAAAAAUAUAGUUUUAAGGGAAAGCCCUCCUGCUAACUUUAUAAAGAUCUAUAUAAAAAUUAAAAAAAAACAAAUGAUUGAAAGAGCAAAGGUUCAAAAUACAAAAUAUCAAACAUCAGAAUGCCACAACAAAAAGUUUUAUUUGUAGAGGGGCAAUCUCCCCUGCAUCCCCCCACAUCCAUACACAUUACAUAAACCAACUCUGAGGUUUACACCCCCAUUGGGGAAAGGACAAACUCCCAAUCCAGAGAAAUACUGGCAAUCAGCAAAAAAGCUGGUUUGAUGUUCCAAGUGUUCAACCAAUGAACAUUUGAACAAUUAAAUGACUCAUAUCUAUCUAUUUAUCUAUCUGUCUCUCUAUCUAUGGGUCCAAGUUGCUACAUCAAAGAUACCAAAUGUGGUUCUCCAAACUGCAUAUGGUAGAGACCACAUUCUGUAACUUAGAUGCUUUGUACGAUGAUUGUGGUACAGUGGUGAU